AUGUCCACCCACCCAUCCGAGAGCGACAUGCUGACUGUGCGCCAUGCCGUCACCGAAAUCCACUACGCGCUCUCUCGCCGUCUGUGUCAGACCAAGCUCGGGCACGAGAAUAUGAAGAACUGGUACAAUAUGUUCUUCGCUGCGCUCGACAAGGCCUACGACUUCCAGGCGCAGUUCAAGUUAAACACCUGGCCGCGCUACACCCUCGGCGCCUUCUACGAGUACGAAAAAUCCCGGCACGUCGCUGGAUACACCGGGUCUCCAUUCGAGAUCGUACCCAUUGCCGACACCGCGGCUGCUCAGAAGGCUGGGUACAAUUUCGACUUGCACAUAGUCGGUAAUGACCACGGCCAGAUUGGACUCUUGCCGGAGCAGGACGUCGACCUUAGUUGGUGUGACAUCGGAGCUAACAAGUCGAGCACCACGAAGUCCGGAGCUGCGAAGAGCACCGAGGGUACAAAGAGUGCCGGGGUUCCGAAGGUUGCCGAUGCUACCGAGAACACCGGUAGUUCAAAGACUACCGGUACUACGAAGAGUACCGCUUCUCCGACGGCUUCCGGUGCUACGACGACGGACGUGAGUUCCAAGACCGCAAAACCUGCGAAGGGGGCGCGCAAGAGGUUUAACCCGAGGAUGUCACGGGCCAUCAAAAAGCCUGCUGAACCGGCAAAGCCUGCCCGUCAUCAGCCGACCAAAGACAAGAAAGGCAAGGGUCGGGCGACGACGGUAGAGGUGACUACCGAUGACGAUGUCAGCAACGAAGAAGAAGAAGACGACGAGAGCGAGGAGGAAACCCCUCUCCAAGAUGUACGAAAGACACGUUCGAUCACCAAGAAGGCAGUGUCUUUUGCGACCCCCACGACGCCACCGCUGUCCAAGACGAGGUGGGCGACAUCAGCGGCACCGGAGCCACCAAAGAGGACCACCGCUACGCCGAAGAAGAGGGCGAGGAGCCAGAGUCGUGAUGUGACGAGGACUGCCGGGACGAAUUCCGGUGAUGAAGACAACGCUCCGUCCGGCGGUGGUAGCGGCAAGACCACCACCAAGAAGCCAGUGAAGCGAGUCCUCCGACCCGCUCAUCCCGACCAUGUCGCGCCGGAGAAGAACUUCGACCCGUUGCCCAACCACAAAGGCCGGAUCCCGGUCUAUGUGAUUCGAAAGGACGGACCAAUGGCACACUUCCGGUGUGGACAUUGCAAGGCUGCCGGCACCGACUGCCGGAUCCUCAUCUUCGACGGGUCGUACUGCAAGUCUUGCCGCACGAAGAAGAUGGCCUGCGACCUCUCGCCUAUUGGGCACGGUAGGCUCGGCGCCGCGGCAUACCGCUCAUACCGGGCCUUCGUUCAGUUGGCGAACCCGGCGCGGUAUCCAGACCCGGUAUUGGUUUCUCGUUUACUCUUGGCUCUCCAGGACUCGGGACUCGCGGACUGGUUCUUUGACUGGUACUGGGACUUCUACGAACUCGAUCUGGCGACACGGCAGAAGAUGAUCAACGACCCCAAGUACCACAUCGACUUGCAUGUGGCGGAAUGGAGGACGCCCAUUCGGAGGAUCGCCGGUGAUGUAGAGGUGAUGCCGAACUCUGAGGACUACCCGAAACCCAGGAGGGGAAGGAAGUCUAACACCGACAAGGAUACCGAUAUUCCAGUGCCACGGCAAAAAAGCAACGAGAUCGACGAAGACGAUGCUAGCGACGGCGAGCACGAUGACGAAAAAAUGACCGAGGCUGAAGGAGGAUACCACAGCUCUUCCGAACGUGCUGCUAAGAAGAGGCGCGUUACCGGAAGGUCGAAGUCCGUCUCAUCGACGCAGUCUCAUGUACGCCCUCCGUCACCGGCAUUGGAUCCGCGCAACCAGCCACCUCCACCGCCUGUGGACCCCUUGCGCGACUUCCAGCCAGAAUCACUGGUGGCCGCUCCCACCAUGGAAGCCACUAUCCGCGCGAUGCAAGCGCAGAUCCACGAGAUGGCGCACGAAAUCGCGGCUCUGAAGGCUGCUAUGUAUCCUAAUAAUACCAGUAAUAUGUUCGCCGGCAGUCAGUUUAUAUGGCCGGCAGUCCCCACCGUGAACCCCUUCGCCCAGUAUCCGGCUGGAUUCACUGCACAUGGCGGAGAUGAGUACACACAGAACGGUGGCUACUUUAACCCUCAAGCCCACACCUCUGGUAUUCCCGGUCCCGGUCAGCAGGGUGUGCCCGACCCUUAUGAACGCAUCGCCAAUCUCAGCCAGUUCGGCACUCAUAAGGAUUUGCAGUCAGCGUCGCCUUCUGGCUCCGUGCCAAUAGACUGGUCGGACAGCAGCCUCGGAGUCGGUACAGGCAGUACCGACGGUACUGCCGGCAGUGCCGGGGGAAUCGGGAGUUCGGUUUUUGUCACCUCCUCCGACGCUCACACCGGUAUUGGCCUUGCUGGUCCUGCUGCCGGCACAUCUCCGACUGUGACCAUCACCUCUCAUGGUGCUGACUCCGGCCCUUCCCCUGCUGGUCCAGAGCCUCUCGCUGCCGAUAUUCGUGGGGCGGGCACGUCGCCUGUUCCUCGUCCACACGGGCACGAAAAUAAGACCGACGGCAAUGCACAUGUGGAUGUAUCCUCCACGCCCCACGACACCCAUCUUGGCAAGCCUGCCAAAGCCAGCGUUGACAUGGUACCCAUCGUGACGCGCACCGAUGCUCCCUCCGGUGCUGCUGACGGACCCGCCACCAGAGAUCACAGGGAUGCGGAUGCUGAGACCGAUAGGGAAAGCGAUCGCGAUGCGGAUGGGCAAGAGGAACCUGAUGAGGGGUCAGGCGCGGGUCAUAACACCGGCAGGACUCCGGUGAAGGAGUUGGCGAAGUUGCCCGAGGAUGCUGAUGGGGCGCAGGACAUGGACAUCUCUGCAUGA